CCGUGAGCCAACCAGAGGUUUCGCUAGAAGCGACCCGCCACACCCCGUGAAUCGUCCCUGGGAUCCCGCGAGAACCCUCGCGUCGUGCCAUCCUCUUCUCAACAGAUUUUGGAUCCUCUAGUCCGCCAAGGGCCUGCUGACACGGAGCAGCGCUCUUCCCGUUGUCCGUCUCUUCCUGGAGUCAGCCGUCUGGAAGGGCUCGCGAGCUACCCCCCGUGAUCACGCAUCUAUAAUACAUCCCCCAAGACCCUGGGAGAGCGAGUCGCCACGAUCGUGUUUUCGAGCGACUUGGUCGGCCGAUCGAUCGAUCGCUCGCUCGCUCGCUCGCUCGAGGAUCAUGAGGACGAACGACACAGUUCGCGUUCUUCACGAACUGCGCCCGUCGGUCAUCGUGACGUUAACGUGAUCUCGUGAUAGGACGCUCUGGUGAUAUCGAUAUAUGUGUCGAGACAUGUGUCGGGAGUGAUCGGAGUCAUCCUCGUCUCGCCCAGAAUCACUUGGGAGAUCCAGGAUUCCGGAUCCGAGGCGAGUCACCGAUGAACGUUCUCGAUCUGUCCCGGCCUGUGAUCGAUCGCAAGAUGAACGGAAGCAGCGACGAAGGCGAGUCGACAUCGGGCGCGACGACUAUCGGCGGGGGUGGCGGCGAGAACGCGGAAAUGGAGGAAAACGGAUCGACUCGGGCGAGCAGCAACAGCGGCGGCAACAAUCCCGUCUACAGGGAUCUGAAGCCGCUCCAAGCCGGCGGCGCGCACGAGGUCCCGCAGGAUUACAACCCGCAGUCGAGAUCCGCCUAUCACCACCAGCGUGGCUACUCGCCGGGGAUGGACCGACAGCGCGGUUAUGAAAAGGAGCAUCAGCCGCCACCGUCCGCCCGGGAGGAGGAGAGAAAAUCGGCCUGGGAUUACAGUGAGAAGAGCGCGCGGAAGGAUUACUCGAGGUCGCGGGAUUACAGCAAUGAAUACCAGGACGCGAUAAAGCAGGAGCCCAAGGAUCAGUCGAGUCGCGAAUGGGUGUCACCGGUGCCUGAGGUCGAGGUCGGCGGCUCGGCGCCCGGAGGCCCGCACGUACGAGCGCGCAAAGACAUCCCUCGUGGCGCGAGAUUCGGCCCGUUCCUCGGCAAAUGGGCGAGCGAGCCUUUUAACCCCCGUUACGCGUGGGAGGUACGCAUAUCAGGCAGCGGAGUGAGAGGCUGGCUGGACGCGUCGCAUGAGACCAACAAUUGGCUCAAGUACAUCCACAGCACCACCAGUCCGCAUGCGGUGAACAUGCGGCACGUACUCAUCGGCGGCCAGAUGGUGUACGAGGCUGUUCGCGACAUCGCAACCGGCGAGGAGCUACUUUUGGGUCUUCGGGAGCCGCUUCAGCUGCAGGACAUGCUGGGCGAAAAUACGACCGAGGACAGGAGCGAUCGCGAGACCGCCUCGCAGCACAGCGGAACCGUCGACGAGGACAAAGAGGACGAAGAGGAGGGUGAGACGAGGUGCACCGUUUGCGACAAGCCGUUCCAAGAUAUCGAACUAUUGGACAGCCACCUGGUGACCUGCCACAGAUACCCAGCGGAGCAGCACCGCUGCGACAGCUGUCCCCGUGCCUACGCCUGGCGGCCGCUUCUCGUGCGGCACCGUGCCAUCGUGCACGGCGACCUGCGCAAUUACCCCUGCGAGAACUGCCCGAAGUCGAACCUCCGGCAGGUCUUCACGGACCCGUCGAACCUGCAGCGCCACAUCAGAACACACCACGUGGGCGCCAGGAGUCACGCGUGCACCGAGUGCGGCAAGACCUUCGCGACCAGCUCCGGCCUGAAGCAGCACACCCACAUCCACAGCAGCGUCAAGCCGUUCCAGUGCGAGGUCUGCUUCAAGGCGUACACCCAGUUCUCCAAUCUAUGCCGGCACAAGCGCAUGCACGCCGACUGCCGCAUGCAGAUCAAGUGCGUCAAGUGCGGCCAGUCGUUUAGCACGGUCACGUCGUUGUCGAAGCACAAGCGAUUCUGCGACUCCACCACGUCGAACGUCCCGCCCGGCAGCAUGCCGCAGUUACCGACGCCGGGAACGAGCCCCUUCCUCAUGUACCAACGACCCCCCGUCAGCCUGUCGGGCGGCUUGCCCUUCUACGCGCCUAGCCUGAUGGCACCUUACCCGGCGAUCUUCCCGAACGCCCCCAACUUCCUCAACACGCCCCUCAUCUUCCCGCCCAAGAUCGAGGAGGUGGAGAAGAGGAGCAGCGACAGCCCCAAGAAAGAACGCUUCACACCUCCCAGAGUGCUGCUGCCGCAACACAGCAAGGUCUCUCCGUCCACGGCGGAGGAGGCCACGUCUACCUUCAGGCCGUCCCCGGCUAGGCCUCCGGUCCAACCGACCCCGGAGAGCGACGACGACCCCGCCGCCGCCAAGAGGAGGGAAGCGAGCCGCGGUAACGAGCGAAAGACGGAGAACGAGAGCGCCGUGAACGUCGCGAAGGAGGAAACGACCGAUCAACCGCUGGACCUGAGGGUGCAGACCAAGAAGCAAGACGUAGCCGCGAGCAGGAAGAGCCGCACUCCCUCGCCGGCGCCGGUGCCGAUGGAGGAAGAGGAGGAGGAGCGGGGGGAGGAGGAGGAGGAGGAGGAGGAGGAGGAGACGGCGGCUCCGCCUGACCCGCCCAAGCCGGAGGAGAGCGCCGUUCAGCAGAUUCAAGAGCUCGAGCCCAAAGACAUCGCCGCCAACAGUCCGCAGUUGAGGAGCAGCGGCCUGUCGGCGGAACAACCGGCUGCCAACACCCCGCCGCACAUGGCGUAUCCGAGACCGAUUCACCCCAUGUUUCUCGAGACGAUGUACCGCGGCCCAACCGGCACCGGUUUCCCGGGCUUUCCCAGCGCGCCACCGCCACCGAGCGGGAGCACCCCGGAGUCCAGACUGAUACCUCCGCUGCCGCCGUUCGGCCCGCCGCGCACCCUUCCUUUUUUAGGCUCGCUUAUGAACGGGCUCAGCGGCGCUAGGCCAGGAGGAGGAUUCGAUCUGCUCGCCCGACCGCCGCUGAGCGCGUUCCCCGGAGUCAAGCCGUUCCAGGAGGCGGUGAUGCCGCACCAUCACCACCACCAUCACCAUCAUCACCAUGUCCACGGCAAGAUGAAGGAUCGCUACUCCUGCAAGUUCUGCGGCAAGGUGUUCCCCCGCUCGGCCAAUCUCACGAGGCACCUGCGCACGCACACCGGCGAGCAGCCGUACAAGUGUAAGUACUGCGAGCGAUCCUUCAGCAUAUCGAGCAAUCUCCAGAGACACGUGAGGAACAUCCACGACAAGCAGCGGCCGUUCAAGUGUCCGCUUUGCGAAAGGUGCUUCGGUCAGCAGACCAACCUGGACCGGCACCUGAAGAAGCACGAGGCCGACGACGGUAGCGGAGUGGUCUCGGUCGCGGACUCGCCCGGCAGUAGCAACGAGAACGAGCGGGAGGACACCUACUUCGACGAGAUCAGAUCGUUCAUGGGCAAGGUGACUUACGGCGGCGAGAGCGGCUAUGGCUUGCCGCAUCACCCGACCUAUAUUCCCAGCCGGCUGCAUGAGAGCGGUAACGAGUCCAAGAUAGAGGUCGAGUACGACGAGGACGAGGACAGCGAGGAGGGUGUGUCUCCGUUGGAGGAGACGGACGGGCUGUCGCCCAUCGAGGCCAAAGAGUCGCCCUCGCCGUCGCAGUACGACCUGAAGCUGAGAGAGAAGCAGGAACUGCUCAAUAACAACACCGCGGAGCCGGUGAUCGAAAUCUCGACAUAGCCCAGAGGUCAGUCCGGUUGAUCAGCGCGCGAUCGCUUCCAAGGACGAGCGGAGGAACACGCCCUCCUCAUUCAUGUACAGAAUUCUCGCGCGAGCGCGUUCGUCUCGAGACUGUCGACUUACGGCGAUAACGUCCCAACUACAUUGGGCGACUACUUGCGACUACCUUAGAACGGUCCACGUAUGCUUCGACACGAGCCGCGAACGAUUCCUCGAGUAUAAUCGGGUGUUUUGUUCUACGUGUUCGCACCACGAUAAAUCCGCGAGAGAUAGUCCACGGUACAUAAUUAUAACUACACGUCAAUGUAUUAAUCCUCGGAGAAUUUUCCAAGAAGAAGCGAUGUAACUUGAGAAUCCAGUAAACCCAGUUAUACUUGUAAGAUAGGUGCUCUGUAAAGAAAGAAAAGAAAAAAAAAAACAGAAAGAAGAAGAAGAAGAAGAAGAAGAAGAAGAGAAGAGAAGAGAUCACGACACAAAGUCCCCGAAGAGAUCGCAGACCCUCGUGUUACGCAAUUCCCUCUUUUGCACAGCCCACGUUUGUUUGCACCGCGAAAGCAUCCCUGCGAGGAGGAAAAAAACUCGGUAAAUGGACCGGUUAUUAACCUCCGUCUCGCGCAUC